AUGAAUUUCCUUCCGAGUUUAUCCCUAGAAACCUGGAUUUUACUCAUUGCCUUCCUGAGCCUCUUGAUGCUUUAUGGGAUCUGGCCAUACAGAUUCUUUAAGAAGCUGGGUAUUCCUGGGCCAAGGCCUCUGCCUUUCAUCGGAACAUUCCACCAAUACCGGAAUGGAAUUCUGGAUUUCGACAAGAAGUGUUUCCAGAAAUAUGGUAAAAUUUGGGGAUUUUUUGACGGCAGGCAGCCAGUCCUGGCUAUUCUGGACCCUGUAAUCAUCAAAACCAUCCUGGUGAAAGAGUGCUAUACCCUCUUUACCAAUCGCCGGGUCUUUGGUCUAAGUGGAGAUUUGGAGUCUGCCCUUACGAUAGCUACAGAUGAGCAGUGGAAAAGGAUUCGCACUGUGCUCUCUCCAACGUUCACCAGCGGGAAACUAAAGGAGAUGUUUCCUCUCAUGAAUCGCCAUGGAGAGAUUUUAGUGAAAAACAUCCAGAAGAAAGUGGAUAAUGACGAGUCCCUGGAAAUGAAGAGCAUCUUCGGCGCCUACAGCUUGGAUGUGGUGGCCAGCACUUCAUUUAGUGUGAACAUCGACUCUAUGAGCAACCCCAACGACCCCCUGGUCGCCUACAUCAAGAAGUAUCUCUCAUUCAAUUUCUUUAACCCACUGCUCCUGUCAGUAGUGAUGUUCCCCUUCCUCACCCCAGUGCUGGAUAAGAUGAACGUGAGUCUGUUUCCCUCAGGAUUCCUGGACUUUUUCCUCAACAUCAUCCAGCGCAUCAAGAAGGAGCGGCAGAAGAACGACCACUCGGUCCGGGUGGAUUUCCUGCAGCUGAUGGUUGACUCGCAGAGCUCAAACGGCAGCUCUGAACCUAAUAAGAAGACACACUCCUAUAAAGCCCUGUCUGACAAGGAAAUUAUGGCGCAGGCCCUUGUCUUUAUCUUAGCUGGUUAUGAGACCACCAGCUCCACCCUCAACUUCCUCUCAUAUAACCUGACCACUCACCCCGACGUGCAGCAGAGACUGCAGGAGGAGAUUGACGCCGCUCUUCCCAACAAGGCUGCUCCCACCUACGACGCCAUCCUGCAGAUGGAGUAUCUCGACAUGGUGGUGAAUGAAACCCUCAGGCUCUUCCCCGCAGGUGGGCGGAUCGAAAGAGUCUGCAAGAAAACCAUUGAGAUAAACGGAGUGACCAUUCCAAAAGGCACCGUGACACUGAUCCCAGCCUACGUGCUGCAUCAGGACCCAGAAUACUGGCCAGAGCCGGAAGAGUUCAGGCCCGAGAGGUUCAGUAAAGAGAACAGAGAGAGCAUUGACCCCUACAUUUUCCUGCCCUUUGGAGCUGGUCCCAGGAACUGCAUUGGAAUGAGGUUUGCUCUUCUCAGCCUGAAAGUGGCCAUGAUUGUGCUGUUGCAAAGGUUUUCCUUCAGAACCUGCAAAGACACCCCGAUCCCUCUGGUGCUGGACACGAAGGGUUUCUUGCAACCCAAGAAGCCAAUCAUUCUGAAGAUGGUCCCCAGAACCCAUGUUGAUCCAGAGGAGUAA